UCGUGUGCGCUUCUGGCGGAUCCGUCCGCCGCUCGAUGUGCACCCGGUGCGGUUUCUGGGGCCGGCGCGGCGGUGCUGCUGGGACGUGCAGGGGCCGCAGCCGUGCGCUCUGCCCACAGACCGCCGGCCAUGACGACCCUGCUGGAGAUCAAGAGCAGCGUGCUGCGGCAGGUGCAGGCGUGCCCCACCUUCCGCCGGAGGGCCGAGGGAGAGCCGGCCGCCACCAGCGCUGACCCCCCGGAGCCGGCCGCAGGGGCUUGGAAGCCUGGGGACGGCGUGGAGUUCUUCGCGCACAUGCGCCUCAUUCUGAAGAAGGGGGAGGGCAGACAGGGCCUGCCGUGCCCCGAGGUCCUCUUGCGCAGCGGUUCGCCAGCCCCUGCUGAGCCCGUGGACCCCAGCCGUGGCCUGAGAGCCCUGACCCAGGAGGAGGUGGAGAUGCUCUAUGAGGAGGCCUUGUACACAGUCCUCUACCGUGCAGGGACCAUGGGCCCUGACCAGGUGGAUGACCAGGAGACCCUACUGGGCUACCUUCAGCAGGUGUUUGGUACCAGCCCUGAGGAGCACGCUGAGGCCAUUGAGCGUGUGAAGAAGGCCAAGGCCCCCACGUAUGCCCUGAAAGUCUCUGUCAUGCGUGCCAAGAACCUGCUGGCCAAAGACCCCAAUGGCUUCAGCGACCCGUACUGCAUGCUGGGUAUCCUGCCGGCCUCGGGUGCCCCCCGGGAGCCAGGGCCGCGCACGGAGCAGCGCUUCAGCUUCCGCAAAGGCAGCAAGCGUGGGGGUCCGCUCCCGGCCAAGUGCAUCCAGGUCACCGAGGUCAAGAGCAGCACCCUGAACCCUGUCUGGAAGGAGAACUUCGUCUUUGAGAUCGAGGAUGUCAGCACGGACCAGCUGCACCUGGAUAUCUGGGACCAUGACGAUGAUGUGUCUCUGGUGGAAGCAUGCAGGAAGCUGAAUGAAGUCAUCGGCCUGAAGGGCAUGAGCAGGUAUUUUAAACAGAUUGUCAAGUCGGCCCGUGCAAAUGGGACAGCAGGGCCUGCGGAGGACCACACAGAUGAUUUCCUGGGGUGUCUCAACAUACCCGUCCGGGAAGUGCCGGUGGCCGGUGAAGACCGCUGGUUCAAGCUGGAACCACGCUCCAGCGCCUCCCGCGUUCAAGGAGACUGCCAGCUGGUCCUCAAGCUGAUCACCACACAGAGGGACACGGGCAUGAGCCAGCGCGGGCGGGCGGGCUUCCUGUCCUACAUGCUGCUGCUCAGUCGUCUCCUGCAGUUCGAGCACCGAUCCGAGGAGCCCAAGGCGAGCUGCUGGCGGGGAGAGCUCAGCGGGCCCGCGGCCACGAUCCUCUGCCUGCACGGCGCGCAAAACAACCUGUCGGCGCUGCAGCUGGCUGUGCUGCACUGGCAGGUCAGCAGCCGCCACCAUCAGACCCGGACCCUGGACUACGGCUACCUGCUGGGGCUGCUGGAGGACAUGCAGGCGCAUUGGGAGGAGGCGUCUUCGCUGCCCCAAGGGCAGGAGGAGAGCCUGGCUGACAGCUUCAAUGCCUUCUCCGAGUUUGGGCUGCGGCUGCUGCGUCAGCUUCGGGACUUCUUCCCCGCCACCAACAGCACUGCCGUCUAUCGUCUGGAGCUGCUGCUCAAGUGUCUCAGCAAGAUGCAGAUCUUCCAGCCUUCCUUUGAGGUGUGCUCCUUCCGGACAGAACUAAAUGCGGACAUCUCUGCUGCUCUGAAGAGAGGCAACCGUGAGUGGUAUGACAGGCUCCUGAACACCAAGAGUCCUCGAGAGCAGUCGGGGCCGCAGCGCCUCGCCGGGCUGGUCGAGCUGGCGGACGCCGUCUACGAGGAUCUGCAGUCCUGCUACGGCAUCUACGCCAGCCUCUUCCACAGCAUCACCGACAUCGACUUCUUCACACUCACUUUCCGGCAGCUGGAGCGACUGGUGGCCGAGGAGGCAUGGGUGCUGACGGAGGAGCUGAGCCCCAAGAUGACCCUCGAGGUGGCCUCAGGGCUCUUCGAACUGUACGUGACCCUGGCGGACAUCCAGCGUUUCUGGAGCAGCAUCCCCGGCCGCGACAGCCGCUCCCUCGCCCUGGCUGGCAUCCAUGGCCCGUUCCUGCCCGCUGUGAAGCUUUGGCUGCAGGUGCUGCGGGACCAGGUCAGGUGGAGGCUGCAGGGAGCCGUGGAUGUGGACACGCUGGAGCCCAUGGACGCCUCCUCCAAGCACAGCAGUUCUGCGGCCUCGGCUAGUCUCUGCUUCAGUCACAUCCAGGAGCUGUGGGCCCGCCUGGCAUGGCCGGACCCUGCCCAGGCCGAGGCCCUGGGCACCCAGCUCAGCCAGGACCUGUGUGCGGCCACCCUCUUCUACACUGAGCUGCUGCGGAAGAAGGUGGACGCUCAGCCGGGGGCCGCGGGCGAGGCAGUGAGCGAGCCACUCUGUGUGGUUCUCAACAACGUGGAGCUCCUGCGCAAGGCUGCCGGGCAGACGCUGCGGGGUCUGGCGUGGCCGGAGGUGACCUCCGGGCCCGAGGGGGUGCUCCCGCGCCCUCUGCUCGGCUGUGCACAGGCCCUGGACGAAGACCUGCAGCAGGAGGUCCACACCGUGACGGCGCACCUGACCUCCAAGAUGGUGGCUGACAUCAGGAAGUACGUGCAGCACAUCAGCCUGUCGCCCGACUCCAUCCAGAACGAUGAAGCCGUGGCCCCGCUCAUGAAGUACUUGGAUGAGAAGCUGGCCCUGCUGAAUACCUCCCUGGUGAAGGAGAACCUUAGCAGGGUGCUGGAGGCCCUCUGGGAGCUGCUCCUGCAGGCCAUCCUUCGGGCACUGGGGGCAAACCUCGACGUCUCUGCUGAUUUCUACGGCCGCUUCCACUUUACGCUGGAGGCCCUGGUGAGUUUUUUCCACGCGGAGGGCCAGGGUCUGCCCCUGGAGAGCCUGAAAGACGGAAGCUACAAGAGGCUGGAGGAGGAACUGCGCCUGCAUCAGUGCUCCACCCGCGAGUGCAUCGAGCAGUACUACCUGGACAAGCUCAAGCAGAGGUCCCUGGAGCAGAAGCGGUUCGGACGCCUGAGCGUGCGCUGUCACUACGAGGCAGCCGAGCAGCGGCUGGUGGUGGAGGUGCUGCACGCCGCGGACCUGCCCCCGCUGGACGCCAACGGCCUGAGUGACCCGUUUGUGAUCGUGGAGCUGGGCCCGCCACACCUCUUCCCGCUGGUCCGCAGCCAGAGGACCCAGGUGAAGAACCGGACGCUGCACCCCGUGUACGACGAGCUCUUCUACUUCUCUGUGCCGGCAGAGGCGUGCCGCCGCCGCGGUGCCUGCGUGCUGUUCACCGUCAUGGACCAUGACUGGCUGUCCACCAACGACUUCGCGGGGGAGGCAGCCCUCGGCCUGGGCAGCGUCGGUGGCAUAGCACGACCUCAGGUGGGAGGGAGCGCGAGGGCCAGGCAGCCCGUCACCUUGCAUCUGCGCCGGCCCAGGGCCCAGGUGAAGUCGGCACUGAGGAUGCUGGAGGGCCGCACCAACAAGGAGGCGCAGGAAUUUGUCAAGAGACUCAAGGAGCUGGAGAAGUGCAUGGAAGCGGACCCCUGAGCCCCGCCCGCCCCCCCCCCCCCCCAGU